GACAUCAUGAUGUUUUAAUCCGAGUAGAUGAGAUAUAUGACCUGAACUUAGUGAACUAUUUCUUUCUGGAAUCUUUGGAUUGUCAAGAUAUUUUGAUUUUUAGCACCUCGUUCUUGGCUUUUAUAUUCUGUCCGGUAUAAAGUCUCAGAAGAAUCCCCUCCCACUCUCUUUCUCUCUCUCUUCGAUGGAGAAGCGGAGGAGGCCGAGAACGAUCCUCGCUUCUCCGACGACCGAAGAAACCCUUGUCAACGUCUCGGAGGUCUAAGCGGGGAUCUUUCAUUCUACUGGACUUCGAUUAGGAUCUUGCAUUCUGGUGCAUUUCUUCUUGCUUUUGCUUUAUGAUAUGGUGUUUGAUGUUUUGAUCAAUGUUCUUGUAUUGAUUGCUAUAAGAAUUCGGUGAUUCUUUGAUUAGAUUAGGGCAACUGGACUUGGAGUUCUUGGGUCGGAUCUUUCCACUGUUCUGGAUGAUUCUUGAUGAGUUCUUUGAGAUUUUUUCUCCGGAUUAUGAUGAAUGGGAGAUGUCCGUGUCUAGAAUCCUUGUCGAUGAAUCUUGGUAUAAAGUGCUGCUAGUGUUCUGCGAAGUGAUCAGAACUCAUGUGUCGCGGCUCGGGAUUUACUUUGUCGUUCUUUAUUUGAUUAUCGGAUUUCCUUUGAUGUUUUUAGAAAAAAUGUUCUUGAGCUAAUAAUAAACUUUGGAGUGUGAACCCAUUCCUGAGCUGCUGGGUUUACCGGCUUUGUUGCGGUUGUGUAUGAUGUUUAUGUGGGGAUCUUGCCGAGCUGAUGUUUUCAUCUAAGUAGAUGAAAUAUAUGAGCUGAAGUUAGUGAACUAUUUCUUUCUGGAAUCUUGGAUUAUGACAACUCUUUGGUUAAUCGUCAACUGAUCUAUAUUGUCAGCUAGUGGAGAACCAAAGGCAGUUAUACUUGCAGUAAAGAUGAUCUGAUUAGUAAGUAGAAGCAGCUUGGUGUUACAGCACAAUUUAUUCAUGUAUUAAGUUAAUUGCUAUUUUAUUUAUGAUAUGUUAGCCUCAGGGUUGAAUAGUUGAAAUUUAACUUGCUUUUCGAUGUAUGCUCAUAUCUAAGGAUGCUGACUCAGUGGCCUUGUGUAGUUGGAGGGGCAGAGAAUCGGAUAUCUAAGUGUAGUAACUACAAGAGUUAAAGAGGAUGUUUAGAAUUUUGUUGCUGAAUGCCAAGAGGCCCACUGGAGAAACUAUUGCUAUAAUUGUCAGAGAUAAUAAGAGGUUGGCUUCAGAAAAGAAGUACCAGUAAUAAGGUGCUAUGAUGCAUUUGAUUGCACAUCAAGUGCUGGGAUCUUUAUUUGUUAAAGAUUUAUUUGCUACUUUACUUUUGUUAUUUGAAUCAAAGUUUCUUAAAGAUUGGGGAGUUGUGGAAUAUAGAUGGUGUUUAAGUUCCAAAUAAAUUUCUUAAAAAUUAUAAUUAACAAUCUAAGUUUUUUAAUCUUUUUAGGUCUCUUCUCUAAAGUUGAACUAGGUGAAGUUCAUGUGAACCAAUACAAAUUUUAGUGGUGCCAAAUUUUUGGUGAUUGCAGCCAGUAGCCGAUAAAAGGUGCUAGAAAAUGGGAAUUGAAACUUACCAAUGAUGUUUUGAAUUAUCGAUACUUCUAGAAUCAUGGAUAGUCUAAUAGAUUGCUGGUUAUGCUCCAAUGAACUAUUGAUUUGAUUAUUGGUGUUCUGCCAAAGUAAGAAACUUAGCAAUCGGGAGAGAUGAUUCUAUUUACUAAUUACUAGUACAGUGUCGUGAAUCUUUUGUAUGAUAAGAAGUAUGAAAAUGAUCAUGACUAGUGAUAUCAUGUUGGCCCGUGUGAAGUUUUUUGGUGUAUCAUUGAUAUAAUCCUAGCUCUUUGAUGUAGCCUUGAGCACCUGUGUGGAACUCGUAAACAUGGCUAUUUGUAUGACACUUUAGUACGUGUUCUUCGGAAGAAUGUAUAUGUCUGUAUUUGGUCCUAAUGACAAAAAGAAUUUGGGUAUAAGGGUCUGCUAGUGUUCUACAAAGUGAUCAGAACUCAUGUGAUGUGGCUUUAAAUUUUCUUUUUGAUGUUUUUUAUUUACAACUUUUUUUAUGUCUUUCUGAGAAAAGUUUGUCCUUGGACAAAUUAUGAAGUUACGAGUAGGAACCUAUCUUCGAGUUGCUGGGUUUGCUGCUGAACUGCUUGGCUAAGGGAGAAGCAAAAACAGUUAGUGAAUUUUUUUAUGUUUGCUUUUUGGCUUGUUGCCAUUCUCUAAUUAGUUGUAUCUUUUUAAAGGUAGAGUUCUUUAUUGGAUCACCGAGGGAACUAUGCUUGUAGGUUAGUGGAGAAGCAAAAACAGUUUUUCUUCUAAGGGGUAUAAAGAUAUCCAAAUAUAACCCAAUUUCUAAGUUAUUUGAUGUGCUGUAUACUUCAGGUGUGUUAUCCUCAUGGACGAAUAAUCAGGAUUUAGGGUCAUUCAACUCCUCUUCUGCGUAUGUCAUGAUCGCCUCUAUGGAUCAGCAUUUUGCAGUCUUGCAAAGGAAUCAAAGAGUUGUAAUUAUAGUUUCAGAGCAUCGGAUAUAUACAUGUAGCCAUCAUAGGAAUUAAAUAGGAUGUUUACAGUGGGACGACUUUAGGUUGUUGAUAUGAAAAUGCUCAUGUAAGAAAUUAUAGCUAUGAAUAAUGAGAGAUGUAAGAGGUAGAAUUCAUAUAAGAAGGCGCGCCAAUUCAUUUCAUUAUAAUUCACAUGAGAUUUAGAUGAUUCAUUAAUUUAUUUUAUUUGAUUUACUUAGUAUUUUACCUUUGUCAUUUGAUCUUGAGUUGCUUAAAGGCUUCGGAGUUAUAGAAUGUAAGCGGUGUUGAAGGUCCAGAUGAAUUUAUAAGAAAUUCUUAUCAAUAUUCUAAUCCAAUUAGAUCCUGCAUUAGGCGUCAAACUGAAUGAAGUUUAUUUGAACCAAUACAAAUUUCAAAUGUGCCAAAGCAUUGGUGAUUGCCUUCACUAGUGCUGGAGAGGUGGCGCUAAAGAUUGUUUUUUUUGCUUCGGCGAACUUAUAAUGUAACUGUUGGUGUGGCACAAAACCAGCAAUUCCAAAAUUAUUCAUUCAGGUGUUGUGUAGGAACCUUGAUAACAAGAAGCUAUGAUUCUAAUUACCAACAUUGGUUUUACAUCAUGAGUCCUUUCUACAAUAAACCUUUGGUUAAAGUUAGUCUUUCUAUGGUCUACAUGAAGAUUUUUUUUUGUGUGUGUGUGUUUGUGUGUGCAUUAUGUAAUUUAGACUCCUUGAUUUAGCCUUCAGUACGUGCACCCAACACUUGGACAUGGAUAUCGGUAUGACACUUGAUUACUACUCCUUUGGAAGGAUUCCUUAAAUGUUGUCAGGACCUGAAACCUCAACAUGCUAGUAGAGUGUAACCAAGCCAAACACAAGCGAACUGGGGUCAUCUUGAGCUUGACUUUAAAUUUUCAUGCGAGGAUUGAGCUAUGCUCGGGUUUGUCCUGAGCUUACAGAUUUCAGCUGGAGCUCUGUCCAUUGGCUCGUAAUAGGGACAAAAAGUAUGUUGGAUAUGAGAGGUGGUGUAGCCUGAAUUAAUAACAUAAAUGGAGAAGCUCUAGCUGUUAUACUUGUUAGCUGAUUGUGAGAGCCUGCUUCUCUGAUCUAUACAUGGUAAUAGCUUGGUUUUGUGGCACAAUUUGGUCCUAGGUUAUUUUAUGCGCUCUAGUGCUUCUGAUUUGUUAUCCUUGCCAUCUACUAGCUGGAAUUUAGGGUCAUUGAACGCCCGAUCCAUAUAUGGUUAUGUUUUGCCUGGAUGCAAAACUUGCAGCUUUUAGUUGGAGGCGUAGAGCAUUAGAUAUUUGUAGCACUAGUUCUUGACUGAUAUGUUUGUUUUUUCUUUCUUGGGUGCUGUCGACAAGCGUAUGUUAUAUCCCAGCCCACCAGCUUUAACAUGGUAUAAAGAGUCAAUUAAUCCUUUCACGAAGAAAAGGUCUGCAGAGCAUGCAUUUAUUGAGGAGAAAAUAGCCAAACAGUUAAAUGAUUUGAUAGUACUAAAACUUUGUGUUAAACUUAACACUCUGCAUGUGAGGGCCAUUCUUUCAAAUUUUUCAUUAACCUGGUUAUUUUUGGGUAAAUAGAAGCAAUCAAUUCUCUUAUUUUCCCAGUCAGGUGAAUGAGCAUAUUAUGUAUUGGCUUCAUCUUCUUUUACAUCAUCUACUGGUAUUCAAAAUACCUGUUAGCAGUUUCAUUAGUAGCAUUUCUUUAAAACAGUCUACCUGUAGAUUAUAUAUUUAACUUCUUGCAUAUUUAGUAGUAGUAUGUUGAAAUUUGAUUUCUGUUUUAUGCAUGGAAAUGGAGACCAUGGAAAUUUUAUUAUGUUUUGAUAUAUGCAAAAGGUGCCCUAUUAUUUAAACUGUAGCGUGGUAUAAUUGCAUAUGUUCCCUGUGCAGCAGUGUUUUGCUUUGAAGAAAUCCUGAGCUUUGUUGUUUUAUGAACUGUAUGUAGGUUUAUAGAGACAGAGGUGGUCUAUCUGAUAAAACUAUACAGGAACAAACUUUUCUAAUGCAUGAAUUACGUGGCUCAAAGCCUUGACUUGCAGUUCAAAGAGUUAAUUGCUACAGCAUGCAAGGUUCCCAUCAAAGAUAAAAAUAGAUAAAGGAAAGAGAAAGGAAAAGAAAAAAGAAGAUGAAAAAAGAAGAUGAACAGGAUUAAGAUUGGAGGGAGAAGAGAGUGAUUAUGAAUUAUUUAAUGGGCUUUAUUUUGUCCAAUUACAUAUGAUGUUGUACCCAUUUGACAUUAGGAGCCAAAAAGAUAAUAUGGACCGAGAAGGAUGGGCAUUCUACAUAAGGGGGGCAAAAUUCCAGGUCCAGUUUGGAUCCUGGUCAAACAAGACCUUAUAGUUUACGGUUUUCUGCUUGAUCCAAACCUGAUCUAGAUCUAGAUUUCAAUCAAUAUAGUGUGUGGUGUCAAACAUGGUUUUAAUUUGGUCAAUGGUAUGACCCAGUUUGAUGCAAUGCUAACUAUUGAAUGUGAUGCAUACUAGAGAGUAUAGUUUUGAAACUCGAUUCUAAGCACCAUAAUAUCCAGAUUUACCAACCCAAAUCCAACCCAGUUAUUAAGCCUUAUAGUAAGAAACUGGAUUAUCUGAAUUUACAGAUCCAGAACCAGGCUCUGAUCCAAUUUAGAGCACUAUGCAAGGGCCUCAAUUUUUUGAAUAUGCAGAUCUGGGAAGACUUGAAUUUAGAUUCAGAUAAAUUUUUUGUCCCGACCUGGUUUUUGAACAAUGAUUUUAUUGUAUGGAUGUAGUCUUUUCAGAGUUGGUCUGUGUCAGUCAGACACGGUGCACAAAAUUUUGCCACCCCCAAUUCUACUGCUUCUAUACAAUCUAUGCACUAAUGAUGAUUGAGACAUGCAUCCUUUUGCAGUCAAUAUCAUUAGUUGUUCAUCCACUCUUAAUUCUUCGCAAAGGAGCAUAUUUAUAAAAUUAUGGUAUUAAAGCAAUCCUGAUCCGUCAAAAAAUAUAUGGAGUUUACGUUGCUAUGCUCUAUUUGUUUCCCAACUUUUUUAUUUUUCUUCAUCACAUCCCAUCUUUCUCUAGUUUUCUAAUAUAAUGCUUCAUAAACAUGAAUAGAAACAAGAAGCUUAUGGUUUUCCAUCUAUAUGGGUUUGUAAUUUUUCUCUUUCUUGUCCUAUUUUUUAUGUAUAACUCCUAUUCAUUCUAUGUUAUCCAUUUCUUUCAUCUUUUUAGUUUUCUUUUCAAUGCUAUCUGAUAUCAUCCAGAAUAUUAAUGUUCUCGUGGGGGCAUUUGCCUUCAAAAUCAGGGUGAGGGCAGGACUGGAACCUAGGUCCUUGGUACCAGCUUCAAAGAGUUCACUGACUACACUAGUUGGCACCCUCUAGGGCAAUGUCGUAUUAAUAUUCCAUUAAUUGUUUUAGUCAGCAUCCCUGCCACCUUCUCCUCCUCCUCUCAAUCCCUUACCUUGACUAUACGUACAGAUCUAUUUCACGUCAUGUCUCCCCUGGUAAUUACAUUCCAUUCUCGCUCAAAUGCCAUAAAGCUCCAUUUUCACUCUCUUUGUACAAGGAGGUUGCUCGCUUGCUCCCCUAGUGUAAUAUAUCCACAUGAGCUGCUAAAGCUUAUUAAUCUUCUUGUUGCUCGUAUGCUUGUAAUGGUGUGCAUAUUCCAAUCUCUCUAUUUACAACAAAUUUAUCUGUGCUCAAAUCUGGUGGGAGUGAGCAGCAGGGUAGACAUUUGCUAUUGGUUAAUUAUAUGAACCAUGCUUAGAAAGCAACAUGCUAUCUGAUGGUGUUUGCUUUUGUUUUGUUCAAUGGAGAAAAUUAUUGCAAUAAAUAAAUCAAAAUUGCCUAUCCUCCAAAAUUUUUCUGUUUUGUAUAUGUUGUGCUUUAAAUCUGUAGUUCAUGAUAAGUCAAAAUGGUGCUCAAGAGGAGCUCAUAUGCAGUGGAAGUAUUUGGUGCAUAGGUAGGAGGCUGAGAGCAUGAUGCCAGUAGUCAAUCUAUGUCAUCUUUAGUAGGAUAUAAGAGCAUGAAUUUUGAUGAAACCGAUGAAGAGUUUAAAGUUGAUAUCCAGAUGACUUGAAGUAUAUAUAUAAAUGCCGCUUAUGCCGUGAAAUCUCGUCACACCUGAUUUGAGUUGGAAAAAGAGCCUUGAGGUUGUACUCCAACUGACCAAUUGACUAGCUUUGGACUAGUGCUUGAAGUUCGUUGACCUGGAAUGAUCCAGUUUAGCAGGCAGGUUGUGGGUCAGCAACUCUACCAUGGUCAACCUAAUUCCUCAUGGCAACAUAAAUAAAUACAUAAGUGCAUAAAUGUUUAAAUUUUAAAAAUUCUAAAAGAGCAAAAUAGAAAAAUAUGAAAAAAAGUGUAACAAUAAUUCAAUUGUUUUUUAGCAUUUACAUAGUAAAAUGAUGAUAUUUCCUAUUAUCGCAUAAACACACACACAAAUAGUACAUUAAUUCCAAAAUGAUCUUUGCAUGCGUUCAUAUGUAAAUAAAAUUUUUAUUUUAAGGUUUAUAGAAUCUUACUUUAAUUCAUAACAAAAUCCACAUGGUUCAUAAUCAAGAAAUCUUCAUUUGAACCAAGAUAUUUCUGUGAUCAAAAAUUAAAAAUAUAAGUUCAUGAUAAGGGAUCAGAUUCAGAAAAGCUUGAGUAUGAUAUAUGAAUAAAAAAUCUAAAAACAGAUCCUUGUUCACUGCUUGCUUCUUAAUUAAAUCGACAAUUUAGAUUCAAUGAUUCCAUAUCUCACAACAUAUCUAUGUUUUCUGUAGCAUUUGAAAAAACUUCAUGAUGUCAAAAUAAAUCUCAAUAUAAGGACAUCAUCCAUGUCAACAUUAUCUUACAAAUUUCAUGGCCUACCAAUGCCGGUGGCUGACCACAUGCAAUGCUGGCGGCCGCAAGUGGCCGCUGCGCAAUGGUUGGUGACUAACCAGGGGCCAAUUGAUGGGUCCAAGGUCCAAAUGAAAAAAAAGGCCAACUGGUGGACUAGAGGAGAGGGGGAGAAGCCUCCGGCUAGCAGUGACCAAACAGCGGCAAGCAGCGGUGAAGGAUGGGGAUGGCAGAGGACAAGGACCAUGCUGUCACUCCCCAAAACUAGGGCAUCAAAUAAUUGAGAGCCCUGGCCCUGCUACUUUUCCAAACACACCGAAUCCCUUUUGGGUUUUUCAUUUUAUAAAAAGAAAAGCAUUAUUAACUCGGGUGGGUGGUAGGUGGGUUAGCCUAUUCCGGGUUGACCAGUUCAGCCGCUCGACCCAUGCAGGUCAAAUGGGUUUCAGGGAACAGCAGGUCCUCAAUUCACUCGACCUGCCAAUGGCUGCUGGUGCACGGUUAGGCGCAUUGACUUGUUCAAUUGGAGAGUGUCUCUAAAUGUGCUUCGGACUGUCACAUGGAGAAGUGACAUUCCUAUGCACUGCAAUAGCAUUUUCAGUUCUAUAUAAACUUGGGCAUCGCACAUCUUGCCACCACGGUAAAUACUGUCUUAACAUACUAAAAUGGUUGAUCCUCUAGCCUCAAGGAAGGCUCUUUGCUAUUGCAACUUGAAUACUUGAAUGUACUUCAGACUGAAAUGUUUGCACCAAAAACUACAUCAAGGAUUCAAGAAAAAUCACUAUUCGACAAUUAUUGUUUUCUGUAUAUGUGAAUUUUUUCAGCAGUCUGUCAACCUACGAGUUGUGCUACCGGGAGUUUCUGCUAUAUUUAGUAGCUGUUUUUAGAGAUUGGUGAAGAGGUGGACUAACAAGGAAUUCAAGUUGCUAUGAUAAUGUGAGAUGUGAGGUGAAAAAGAAACUUAAAUGAAAAGCAUGUACAUUAAAUGACCUUUAUAAAUUAUUUCAUUUAAUUUUUUAUACAAUACUUAACAUAUAGAGUUUAGUUGAAAUUUUUUCUUCCUAUGCCUCCCAAAUAUCCUUUUUCUUCCUGUUGUCAAUUCAGACAAUUGGAUGUGUCUGAAUCCAAUUCUUGUGUUCAUGCCCAUGCAACACUAUUUGAGGGCAUGCAAACUACUGUUACAUUAGUUUAGUGACUUUGGAGCCAACCUGUAAAUCAUGGCCAAUAUGGUAGAAUGAAUGAAGCAUGCAACAUGACUGGGGUGGACUUCAAGUAGGAUUAGGAUGUCUAAAAUGGAGGAAAGUAGGAAAACAUUUUUAGCAUCGAUCCAUUUUAGAAUAGAGGUGCAACAUUUUAUGGGUUCCUAUCAUUUCAAAGAGAGUUGAACAACAAAUCUGGUAGUGAGAUUUGAGCUUAAAUACAAUUGAUGUACAUGUUUGGAAAUCUAAAAUGUGAAUUCACCCAUCUGAUUAUGAUCCAUUCUGCAACAUGGGGGAAAAAACCAAGAUCUCUUACCUGUUCAUUGAAUGGUUACAAACGGAUUUUUCCCCGAGUAAUAUGCCAUGUCAAAAUGCAUGGUGGACAAGCAAUUGAGGACCUAUACUAUUAACUGUGGUUUGGAUAUUGUAAAGCGCAUGGACCAAAAUUUUAUGGGUCUGAAAUCUGAACUCUUCGGAUGGUAGAGCAAAUCUAGGCAGGUAUCUUGUUCGUAAAAGUAUCUUUUCUGUCCUUUUUGCAAAGAAGAAAUGCAUGGGAAGAAACUUCCAGAACAAUUCACUUUUGGUUAGUUGGUUCAAGUCCUAUUGGUUCAAAAUACAUGGUGAGCCACCUCAAUAUAGAAUCUACGCCACCAAUCAUGUUCUACAACAUCUAAUUUAUGUAAAAUCCAAAAUCAUGAAAGAGGUUUCUUCCUAUCAAGGGAUAAGAUUUUUCAAUAAUAACAAACUAAAUGGUUUAAUAUAUUUUCUAUUUCAUAAAUACUCGAUCUCAUAGGAUUUUAGUCAGUAUUGAUGUUUAGAUCAUGGUUGAUGAUGGUUCGAUAUGGUCUUCUUGAUUCAUGCACUCUAGCACUACCAGCCAUUUAAUGCUUUAGUUGGUGCAUUAACAAGAAAAUUGAAUUUAUGAUUUUGGCUUUUAGACUUAUAAAACUUUUAUAUUAUGUAGAUAAUGUGGAUUCUUAAUUUUUGUUGUCCUAUUGUUGGCUUGGAAAUUAGGUGAUGGUAACAUGCUGUAUCAUGCCCAGCUGUGCUGUUACUUCAUUGCAUUUUUUUCACAAAUUAAAUAUUUUUAUUUUCACAGUCAGGGAUCAUUUUUUUAAAAAUUAUAACACAGACAAAAUUGAUCAAAGUUAGCAUGCAUCUCUAUGUAAUAUAACAUUGAAAAAACACUCAACAACUCUUGCUUAUUUGUUUCAAGUUUGCCUCAUAAACUUGUAAUGUUAUAUAGCUUUUUCUUAAAGUUAUGUUUUAUUCAUAAAUAUGCAAUACAUACGAGAUCGACUUGAUACACUAGAAGAUUCUGUAAAGCAAUCUUGGGAACUUGCUCAAUCAGGUCAAACUUUUGGAGCUGCUAAGCAAGAUUUAUCCAUAUCUAGUGAACCAGUUGACAAACUAUUUACUAUUUUCGAUGACAUCAGAAGAAGUGCAGUAGAUGCAAGUGAUACAAUUACUGACUUCAUUGGAGCAAGGAUCAUAUUUUGGGACAUGAUAUACCAAGGCAGUGUUGAAAGUGCUCGCUUCGAAAUUUUUAUCCCAUUACUUGAUGGAGUUCUUGACUACAUAUGUGAUCUAAUCAUCGAUACACUUAGGGAUCAAGUUGUUUCAAGCAUUUGUCAAGCAUCAAUGGAGGGCUAUAUGUGGGUAUUGUUGGAUGGAGGCCCAUCCCGUGUAUUUUCUGACUCUGAUGUGAUAAUGAUGCAAGAAGAUUUAAAUGACUUGAAGGUAAGCACUCCAACAAAUGCACAUUGAUAUCUAGAAUCCUUCACAUUGAUCAAUGGCAUUUUAUUUGAAAAUAUAUAUAUAAGCUAUGUCGUCUGUGGUGUUUUAAUCUACUUUAUUAGGAUUUAUAUUGGAUUUAUAAUAGAGAUUAUACUAGAGAUAUUUAUUGUUGUUUGCUUCAUCUACCUUUUAGAACCCUUGUUCUUGGAAGUCUAGCAUUUUGUCUCCCAUCAUUAUCUUUCUUGGUGUCGGAGGCUUUUAGGGUUUAGGAUUUAGGGUUUAGAGUUUUAGGGUUUCAGAAUUUAGGGUUUAGAGUUUUAGGGUUUAGAGAUUUAGG